AUGGAACCAUCAAACCAAACAUAUACUUCAGAAUUCUUCCUCAUGGGACUAGAAUAUGUCCCUGAUCUACAGUCCCUCAUCUUCAAAUUGUUCCUGUUCCUGUACCUCAUCACCAUCAUGGGAAACCUACUAAUUAUCCUGGCUGUAAGCAUAAACUCCCACCUCCACACUCCCAUGUACUUCUUCCUGUGCAAUCUAUCUUUCACUGAUAUCUGUACAAGUACAACGACAGUCCCAAAGUUGCUAUUGAACAUCCAAGCACAUGACAAGAGCAUCACUUACAUAGGCUGUCUUUCCCAGGUUUGUUUGAUCCUGACAUUUUGUGUUUUAGAAAGUUGUCUCCUCACUGUCAUGGCUUAUGAUCGCUAUGUGGCCAUUUGUCAACCUCUAAGAUACACAAUCAUUAUGAACCCUUUCCUAUGCAUCUUGCUAGUAUUACUUUCCAUGCUCAUCAGCACUAUAAAUGCACUACUCCAUACUCUUCUGUUGUUACCACUGUCCUUUUGCACAGAAAAGGAUGUCCCCAACUUCUUCUGUGAACUUGGUCUGGUCACCAAGCUUGCCUGUUCUGAUACAUUUAUCAAUAUUACCUUUAUUUAUACUUCAACCAUUAUAUUUUCAAUUAUUCCUCUCACUGGGAUUAUUUUCUCUUACGUUCAAAUUGUGUCCUCUGUUUUAAAGAUCCCAUCAGUUGGUGGAAGGCAUAAAGCUUUUUCCACCUGUGGAUCUCAUCUUUCUGUGGUAUCUUUAUUCUAUGGGACUGGCUUAGGUGUGUACAUGAGCUCUUCAGUGUCUAACUCUUCCAGUAGCAAUGUAAUAGCAUCUGUGAUGUACAGUGUGGUUCCUCAAAUGUUGAAUCCAUUCAUCUACAGUUUGAGGAGCAAAGAAAUCAAGGGAGCCCUGAGGCAGUUCAUCAUUAGGAUCAUUUGUUCUCUGUAA